AGCGCUCUAGUGUAUUUGCGAGACACCCCACUUAGACUCUGCUCGUACAGACUGAACUCAGAUCAGCAUUUGGCGCGCACCCACCGUCGUUCACUCGAUGCGAGCUUCAGGAAGCUGCUAGGUUUCCUCCCCGGAGAAAAGCAACGACAUGGACCGGCUUUAAUUAGCAAUUAUUUCUACCUCCGAGCCGUUUACCUGCUACGGCAUGGUUUGAAGAGUGAAGUUGGAGGAGAAAAGCGGAGCUUCGUGCCCGCAUGAUAUAAUGAUCCUUAUCAAAACAGAGCUCGCGAGCGGCUCUAGACCUGACUCACGAGAGACACGAUGAACAGUUGAGCUCGCGCUGUGUUGUGGCUCCGCGGAAAAGUAUCUCGUCAGUCGUCAGUCUGGCGGUUGGCUGAAUGAAAAACAAAAAACAAAACGCGGUUCCUAAGGUUUUUUUAAUGCCCGAGGUAACUAUGGAAUGCUAAACUAUCAGUUUUCAGUGAAGACAAAUCAGCUGGGUCAUUGGAAACUGCAACAACCACGUUGGAAACGCGGCUUUUUUUUAACGUAAUGGUGACCUGUCGUAAUAGUCUCACAUUGACAGACACGAGACCGGCGAGUUUAUUUACAUAACGUAAUGUUUAUAAACAGUCCAUUUUGUUUUUGUUAUUUUGCGGAUGUUGUCAAACUUUAUCAUCAGACAGUUAGCGAGCUAAGUUAGCGAGUUCCGCCGGCUGAUUUGCCGCGCUAAACUCGCAUAGUUUAGUUGCAUAAAACUGAAGACAGUAGCUUAUUGGAAGCGAAAACUGAUGGGCUGUCAUGGCAACUUGGAUUGUUACUUAAGGUCGAGACGAGAGAUCAACACAAAAGCCACGGUGUCGAACCUGCUGUCACUGUCUUUGUGUUUGUGGGCCAACGUUGAGGAGAGGUUUGGUCACCAUGUAUCAGAACUAGACCUGUUUCACCAUAUAAUGCACUGACCAUCGGAUUCAUCGAUACAAUACUAUUGUAGAUUAUCUCUCAACCCCCAUCCAUCAGAAUGAAGGGAACCGAGAGCAAAAACAAAAGGAAACUCUGCACCUCUGAGCAGCGGGAGAGCAGCACUGAAGGGAAAGACGAGGAGCUGCCAGCACCGCCUCCGCUGCUGUUCAGGAAGCUGAGUAACCCCGACCUGUCUCCUGCUGCAGGAAAGACCAAACUGCAGCGGCAGCUCAGUCAGGAUGACGGCAGAGCCCGACGCAGCAGUAUGGCCGGCGUCCUCACCGGAAAGCAGCUUCUGCCUCUGUCCAGCAGCAUGCAUGGAGGAGUGAGUCAGCUGGCCUGGCAGCAGCACGCAGGAGAACCCAAUAACUUGGUCCGCAUGAGGAGUCAGUCCUUUGGCCAGUCUGCCCCCUCUCUCACUGCGGGACUGAAGGAGCUGAGUCUUCCCAGAAGAGGCAGUUUCUGUCGGACCAGCAACAGAAAGAGUUUGAUAGUGACAUCCAGCACCUCUCCCACUCUGCCUCGACCCCAUUCUCCACUGCAUGGACACCCAGGAUCCAGCCCAUUGGACAGUCCUCGCAAUUUCUCCCCAAACACUGCGGCCCACUUCUCUUUUGUGCCAGCUCGCAGCCAUGGACACAGGGCUGACAGGACGGAUGGUCGUCGCUGGUCUCUCGCCUCUCUGCCAUCCUCUGGCUAUGGAACCAACACCCCCAGCUCAACAGUCUCGUCAUCAUGUUCAUCUCAGGAGAAGCUGCACCAGUUGCCCUUCCAGCCCACUGCAGACGAGUUGCAUUUCCUCACCAAACACUUCAGCUCAGAGAGCAUCACGGAUGAGGACGGGAGAAGAUCACCGGCCAUGCGACCGCGCUCCCGCAGUCUCAGCCCUGGACGCUCACCCAUAUCAUUUGACCAUGAGAUCAUCAUGAUGAACCAUGUUUACAAGGAGCGUUUCCCUAAGGCUACUGCUCAGAUGGAGGAACGGUUGGCUGAUUUCAUAUCCUCAUCAGCCCCUGACAAAGUCAUGCCUUUAGCUGACGGUGUCCUGAGCUUCAUCCACCACCAGGUCAUCGAACUGUCUCGGGACUGUCUGGACAAAUCCCGCGAGGGUCUCAUCUCCUCACGCUACUUCUACGAGCUACAGGAGAACCUUGAGAAGCUACACCAGGAUGCUCACGAGCGUUCAGAAAGUGGGGAGGUGACGUUUGUCACCCAGCUGGUAAAGAAACUGAUGAUAGUCAUCGCCCGGCCUGCCCGUCUGCUGGAGUGUUUGGAAUUUAAUCCAGAGGAGUUCUACCACCUGUUAGAGGCUGCUGAAGGUCAUGCUAAAGAAGGUCAAGGCAUCAAGUCUGACAUCCCUAGGUACAUCAUCAGCCAGCUGGGCCUCACCAGGGACCCCCUUGAGGAAAUGGCCCAGCUGAGUAGCUAUGAUAGUGGUAACCCUGAAACCCCAGAGACAGAGACAGAUUCCACAGACAGUCGAGGAGCCACCGUACAGCCACACCAGCUUCAGCCUCAGUCCAAAACUAAAACUCCUCGUGAGGAAGACUUUGAGACCAUUAAACUCAUCAGUAAUGGAGCUUAUGGGGCUGUGUUUUUGGUGAGGCAUAAGGAGACCCGUCAGCGAUUUGCCAUGAAGAAGAUCAACAAGCAGAACCUGAUCCUGAGAAACCAGAUCCAGCAGGCCUUUGUGGAAAGAGACAUCCUGACAUUUGCAGAGAACCCUUUUGUUGUCAGCAUGUUCUGCUCCUUUGAGACAAGGAGACAUCUUUGCAUGGUUAUGGAGUAUGUGGAGGGUGGGGACUGUGCCACUUUGCUGAAGCACAUUGGAGCUCUGCCUGUGGACAUGGCACGUAUGUACUUUGCUGAGACCGUUCUAGCACUGGAAUACCUUCACAACUAUGGCAUUGUGCACCGAGACCUCAAACCUGACAAUCUCCUGAUUACUUCAAUGGGACAUGUCAAACUGACAGACUUCGGCCUGUCCAAAAUUGGUUUAAUGAGCUUAACAACCAAUCUAUAUGAGGGCCACAUUGAAAAAGAUGCCCGUGAAUUCCUUGAUAAACAGGUGUGUGGUACUCCUGAAUACAUUGCUCCUGAGGUCAUUCUGAGGCAAGGCUAUGGUAAACCAGUGGACUGGUGGGCCAUGGGAGUCAUCUUGUAUGAGUUUCUUGUGGGCUGUGCUCCCUUCUUUGGGGACCCCGAGGAACUGUUUGGACAAGUCAUCAGUGAUGAGAUAAUCUGGCCAGAAGGUGAUGAAGCUUUGCCUCCUGAGGCUCAAGAUCUCAUCUCCAAACUACUGCGGCAAAACCCUCUGGAGCGUCUGGGCACAGGGAGUGCGUUUGAGGUGAAACAGCACCGCUUUUUUACUGAUCUGGACUGGAACAGUCUCCUGAGGCAGAAGGCUGAGUUCAUUCCUCAGCUGGAGUCGGAGGAUGACACUAGCUACUUUGACACACGCUCAGAUCGGUAUCAUCAUGUAGACUCGGAGGAAGAGGAUGACACUAAUGAUGAUGACCAUCUGGAAAUCCGUCAGUUCUCCUCCUGUUCACCACGAUUUAGCAAGGUAUAUAGUAGUAUGGAGCGUCUUUCCUUGCAUGAGGAGAAGCGCACCCCUCCUCCCACUAAGCGCAGUCUGAGUGAAGAAGGAGGAGAGCGGAUCGACAGUCUCAGUGGCCUAAAGUCUAGAGACCGGAGUUGGCUGGUUGGCUCGCCUGAGAUCUUAAGGAAGCGUCUCUCUGUUUCCGAGUCAUCUCACACUGAGAGUGAUUCCAGCCCACCUCUGACUGUACGUCGCCGCUGCUGCUCAGCUAUCAUCGAAAUGCCUCGAUUUGCCAUUUCCAGUGAAGAGGAUGGCGGUGUUGGGGGCAGGAAGACCCCUGUGAGGGGCCCUCGUGUGGAAGAUCUGCCUCAGGCCAUACCAGAGCUCCCUGUGGAGAGAGAGCUCAGGCUAGAUGAAUCACCCACCACACCAGGCUCCACUUCCAGCCAGAUCAGCCAAUCCACUCUCACACCUGGUAGUUCUGCUGAUGUGUUGGAUCGAGCUUCUCGCUACAGUGCUGAAAGUUAUGAAAACUCCACUCCUAAAGCCAUCAGUGAUUUGGCGGCUCGAAGAGCUCGCCACAGACUGCUAUCAGGAGAUACAGAGAAACACGCAUCACGUCCACUUAACAAAGUCAUCAAAUCAGCCUCAGCAACUACCCUCUCACUAAUGAUUCCUUCUGAUCACCAUGGUGCCUCUCCUCUUGCCAGUCCCAUGUCCCCUCACUCUCUUUCUUCCAACCCCUCGUCACGUGACUCCUCUCCCAGCCGAGACCUGUCCCCAGCUGUCUGCAGUGUUAAACCUGCCAUAGUCAUUCACAGAGCAGGCAAGAAAUAUGGUUUUACCCUGCGUGCCAUCAGGGUUUACAUGGGAGACACAGACAUUUAUACUGUGCACCACAUGGUCUGGCACGUGGAGGUUGGAGGACCUGCCCAUGAGGCUGGACUAAGAGAGGGAGAUCUUAUUACGCAUGUUAAUGGAGAGCCUGUCCAUGGACUUGUGCACACAGAAGUUGUAGAGCUCAUUCUCAAGAGUGGUAGUAAGGUGUCCAUCUCUGCUACACCUUUUGAGAAUACAUCUAUUAAGGUUGGCCCUGCACGUAAAACCAGCUACAAGUCCAAAAUGGCCCGCCGCAACAAAAGAACUAAAACCAGAGAAGGACAAGAAAGUAAAAAGAAAAACUCCCUGUUUCGUAAGAUCACCAAGCAGGCUACUCUUCUCCACACCAGUCGCAGCUUGUCCUCUCUAAACCGCUCGGUCUCAUCUGGCGACAGUGUCCCGGGGUCUCCCACUCACAUGUCCCCUCGUUCACCUACACAGGGCUGUCGUUCCACACCCGACUCUGCCCACUCAGUUGGUGGGAACUCAUCUCAAAGUAGCUCACCUAGCUCCAGUGUGCCAAACUCUCCUGCCAGUUCUGGUCAGAUCAGACCAAGCUCUUUGCAUGGUCUAGCCCCCAAACUGCAGCGCCAGUACCGCUCCCCCCGCCGGAAGUCCGCAGGCAACAUCCCCUUAUCCCCUCUGGCUCGUACACCAUCGCCCACCCCUCAGAACACUUCCCCCCAGCGUUCUCCUUCACCUCUUCCAAGCCACGCACUUCUCACUUCUUCAAUUGGCCAGUCUUUCCCUGUCAAACUCCACUCUUCGCCUCCCUUAGUAAGACAGAUAUCCCGCCCUAAGAGUGCGGAUCCUCCUCGCUCUCCUCUGCUCAAACGUGUCCAGUCGGCUGAGAAACUUGCAGCUUCUCUUUCUUCUUCAUCCUCUUCUCCUUCUCCUUCCUCUGCUGCUGAUAAAAAACUGCCAGUUGGGGCCAGCCGCAAACAUAGUCUUGAUACUUCACAUUCAGAGUUUAAAAAGGAGAUGCUACAGCGAGACCCUAGUCUACAGAGCCUGCAGGAAUCAGCCAGUGAGACUCUAAUGGGAGGAAGAGUGUCUCCUGCAGAAAAGGGCAGCCUGCAGAAGAGUUCAGUUCGAAAACUGGGUCGUCAAGAAGGUCCUGAAUCUGGAACUCUGGGACUUGUUCCUGGGAAGAGUAAAUUGAAAGACAAGCUGUCUGCUAUACGCCAGGACCGUGCUGAGCGCCGCGAGUCUCUUCAAAAGCAAGAUGCCAUCCACGAGGUGGAUUCCUCAGAGGAUGAGGAAGAUGAAGGGUCAGAAGACAGCCAGGAUGGACGCAGGCCAAGCUACGUUCCUCCUAGCCAUAUCUUGAGGCCUACUACUGUAAUGGCCUCUCCCCAUACCAUCAGGAUUGGACCAGCAGCUCCACCAACACUGGGGCUGUUGCCCUCAACAGUUGCACCACCAGGCUCACCUCAGCCUGGUCAAGGACUGCAGAUACAAAGCCAAAGUACCACUCAAUCUCAGACACAAACUUCAACCUCACCGCCAAUGCAAGCUCCAGCCAAGCCCCCAGAACAGAAUCCCACAACCUCUACUAUGGCCCAAGACCCCAGUUCAAGGCUAGCGGAGGACUCAAUAAAGAAAGAGUCAAAGGUACACAACUGUAGUGUUAGGCCUUCUCCACUCCAACCCAGCCCUCUGUCCAGCACCUUUUCCACCCACGGCAGCGCCUUUACCUCUGUCAGCAAAGACCCCUUUGUCAAACCUACCACACCUCCAUUGGAUCCCCGGAGGACCUUCAAAACUUCUGAGCCCAGGUCCAAAACCAGUGGUAGAAUGGAUUCUAGCACUGCUUCUGGAGUAGCCUGGGAUACCCCUGUAGCUACCACACCAACCGGAGGCAUCACUAAGGAGAUGAAGGAGGCCGACAACCGCAGACAGGCUGCAGCCACUGCUGCUGCUACCGCCUCUGCAUCCACUGCCUGUGAGAGCGGAAUGGACAAAGUUGUGUCUCAACUGGCCACUGUUGCUAAGAGUGUACUUGGCCCUGUCAAACUCAACAUCGGAGGUACUAAAGAGGCCUUAGAGCGAACAAAGGACCAGCGUCCCCAGGUAGAUGCCAACCACCCAAAGAUAAAAGAAUGUCGUCUGGAGCGUCCUGAUUCUCCUGACCGCUUGAGUCCCUCUGCUGCUUCUGGCUCCCAGCCUCCAAGGCUGACUGAGUCUCCCUCUAAACAAACAUUAUCCAAAUCUGAGCCAGCCUCAACUUCUCAAAGGUCUUUAGAGGUCCAAGAGACUUCAAAAAGGCCAGGUCCUCCAAACUCCCAAGCAGGGGAAGAGAAUCAGGAAAGACCAGGGACUUCACAAAGUGGCACCACACCAAGGCCUAGGUCUGAAGCACAAUCACGGGCCCAGGGAAAGCCCAAUUCCACUACUUCACGAGAUAAAUCUAACAAGACAACGUAGCAGCCCUGCAUAAAGAUUUUCUCCAGCUUUAAUUUAACUUGCCUAUUAACAGACAUUUUAACACACAGUAGUUGUCCUGUUUAAUCUCAGUAUCCCUGUAAAAAGAUUUUGAAAAGGCAAGACAAAGGGAGAGAUAGAGGUGUUUACAGAUGAGCCCAAAAGCUUAAAUUCAGAGAGUUUUAUGCUCUGUCAUUCACAAAAUAAUUGUUAGGUUGUGCUUUUCUUGUUCCUCCUUUUUGAGAAUUUUUCUCAGCAGCUAGAAAACUUGGAAAAAAUGUGUGGUUCUGCACCCUGAGAGCUAGAAACCCUAUCCACUUAGUGUAUUACCUCUUCAUAUUACGUUAAGAAUAUUCUGUUGUAGUAGAUAUAGUUGUGCCUUAAAGAAGCACCUCAACAUUUCACUUGUAUUUCUUUCUGCCUGUUCAUCUUUGAAGGAAGACACAUAGCAGCAAUAAGAGUAGCGUAUCCCGAGCAAUUUUUACAAACACCAGGUUGAUUUCAUCACACGUGUAGUAUGUAAGAAAAACCAAACUGCGAUUCCCAUCUUUCUCGCUCAUUUAAUUUUUCAGCUGUGAGAUGUAGGUCUAUAAAAAUCGACCUGAGAUUUUCCCAAGGCACUGCCAUUAUUAAUGUUGUACAUGGUAACUGAAAUUUGGAUAUACAUUGUGGAAGAAUGAUGGUCAUUAAUGGCAUGAAUUACAUCUUUACAUGUCACUUUGUUUCUUAUCAGAAUUAAAGAUGUUAGAAUUACUAUGUGUAAUGAAUCAUGUGAUUUUUGGCCAUCAUUCACAUCCCAAUAAAGCUACAUAUCGUAGCUAAAGACAUUACUGCAAGACCAAGUAACUUGCACAUCAUUAUAUCAUUUAUUCCUUGUUCAAAAUUCCAAGCGGACCAUUUUAUUUCUUUCUCAGCGUGAUUUUUAUUUUCUCUCAUUUUAAUAUUUGGACCAAUUUGCUGUCUGUAUAUUUGUUUGCCUAAUUUUUUUUCCUGUUUUUUUUUCCCUUUCCUUUCAGACUUUGUGUGUGUGCGUGUCUGUGUGCGCGUGCUCUCCUAUGUAUAGAGUAUGUUUGUGUGUGAGUUCUUAUAUAAUGUAUAUUUAAAAAAGUCUUCUUUGUUAGUUUUAUGCCCUAAAUAAUGGGAGUUUGUUUUUAAUUGGUGUCCUGUCUUUGCCAUAUCAGCUCUGUCUGACUCGGCUAUUUGAAAUAUACCAGGCAAAGAUGUAUUUGCACAAACCCUUUUUAUUUUGUGUGUAAUUAAUAUGAAAACCAAUAAAUACAGUAUCCAGUUAGAUCCCAGACUCGAUUUGGGUCUUAAGGGGUUUGACCAGUGAAUGAGACAGUGGUACGCUUUCAUAUUAUCUUGACAAUACAAUGUGUUAACACCAUAUUGUAUUCAAAGCUUAACCUGUGGAACUAUAAUUGUUUUAACCACAUUUUGCAUUUCUAAUCGAAACCAAUCAUCUGUAUUGUGUUUCUGCUCAGUUUACCACAUGUUUAAAGUUCAACACUUGCCACUAAUAUAAUAGGGGUCUCGUUACUCAGAAAGUCAGUUCCAAAAGUUAGGCUAUUUCCAAUCUACUGUGCUACUCUGUACCUGCCCAUAUGGAAAAUUAGACUUUAUGACUGAUUGUGAUUGAAGUCACUUGAUGAUGGUAUGUACAGUACAAUUACACUUUAACCUUUUUCAUGUUUUGUCCACAUAAAAUGUGAAUGGAUGUCUUGCACAUUUAUGCUUCUUCAGGGAAUGGAGCUGUUGAUCGCAUUGCUGCCUGAAGCUUAAUUCCUGAUGAACCUAAAUCACCAUGAUCAGUGACAAAAAUGCACUUGUAGCGAGAAUGGCAUUUGGAUCAAGUUGAAAAUGCAUCUGUGGGCAGUCCGGUUUAACACCAGUCAUGUUUGCCCUGCUGCGUCUAGAGAGCACUGAUCAAUCUUACACACUAGUGGCCAAGGCAUAAAUACACUGUUAUUAAAAAAGACCAAGGCCUUAACCAUUAUAUCCAAAACAGAUGAAUUACAACUCAAUCCCACUUCAAAGUUACAUUCUCAUACCCAGAGAACUUAAAUCUCCAUUUAAACUAAGUUUGUUGGGCUUAAAGAAACUGUCCUUAAAUGUUUACAUGUGUUAAACCUUGAGAGAACGUUUGUAAAUGGCACACUAGUGUAUUAUGUCUACAUAAUGUGUCGUAAAGCGCAAGUGCUCAGGCAUGUUUUGUUCCUUGGAUGAAAGCAGACCACUAGUGAUUUACUUUCUGGCUGCACUGCGUUUGAGAUUUUACAGGGUGUGAAGACAUUAAGUAACUGUUCCAUUCACUCCUAGUAUCUUAUUUUUUUACAUGUAGUUUCUGACGACCUGCUUUACAUUUAUAUAUGUGCUUUUCACGAAAAAGAAAGCAUUGUAAUUUUCUUACGUGUGAAAAUACGUCAAAUUCAUCUCUGCCCCCUGGGUUUGUGAGCUGCUGAGGGCUGUGAAAGUGAGCGCUAACUGCCUUCUCGUGUACGUGAUGUGGAUAAUGAUGAUGGUUGGGCUAUUUGGUGAGGUAAAGUCAGGUAUCAGAAUGCCUGCGGUGGUCAUCCAUCAAUGUCCCGCAGCCACAUACCACCAUGCACGCGAUAGUGAAAUGUAAUCUCACACACCGUCUAGAGCAAAUUCACCCGCCACCUCUCACCUGUGGUAUAGCUCGGCUCUAUAUGAACGAAAACCUUUGGAGCACACAUACACACACGACUUGCAUCUGACCAUAUAGACUCCAUAUCCAACCACUGCCCUCUCAAUAUGUCUGUGUGUCUUUGUGUUUGACCAGCACAGAUGAGAUGGUUCACUUUAAUGUAAAUAUUUUUAAGUCUAGUGUUCUGAGUGUCUUUAUUAUGAAAAGAAGUUAUUUGGUGUGCAAUGGCCAUUGCCUUAGACAUGACGCAUAGAUGAAUGGGAUGAUGACUAAAUAUUAUUUGUAUUUUAAGACUUGACACUCAAUUAUGGUUACACAGUGGUAUGUAUUUAGGGCACUGUCGAUGUGUCAGUCUCGCUUUGUCCAAGACUAAAGGAGACAGUGUGCUUGUACAGACAGAAGUGAAAAGAAAUGGGCAAAGAAAAAAACUUCUAUAGUUAAACCAGUGCAAUAUCUUACAAUUUUCUAUUGUGGCAAGACGCAUGUUUGUUGUUAAUCCUACCUUAUGAAUAAUAAAGCUUUUUUUAAGUAA